AAAAUAAAAUAAGACAAGUAGAAUACCUACAAGAACCCUUAUAAUGUCUGCAAAUAAAACAGAAUCACUGCACUUGUAUGACUAUCUGUGUUGGAAAAUUGGAUCUGACAAAGAAGUGAAGGGUAGGAGAUUAACUUUCAUAGCUAUUGAUACUGCCUGUAAAUUCCUAAUAAGCAGUGGCAGUAAAAGUGAAGGACUGGAUUUGAAAGGAAGUGACAUCGAUGUAAUGUUUAUUAAUCAAGACUUUAAAGUGUAUGAAUCAGAAAGAGACUAUGUCCAAGCUCAGAGGACAGCGCUAAUUAUGGACACAACAGAAACACAUCCAUGUUUUACACGUUUAUUUCUACAUACAAAUUACACCAGUUUACACAAAGAUCACAGAAAUGUGCUAGAGCUGCAUGGGAUAAAGUAUAUUUUGUCAAAUAAACUAUAUAAACAAAGUUUUUUAAAAAUAAUAACUAAAGACCGGCCUAUGUCUUUUAAUAAAAUCCAUGGUCCAUGUAUAUCAGACGAUGAAGGCAAACUUGAUAUUGCAUUCUGCCUUCAAUGUGACAACUGGAUAUUACAAGCUGUUCCGUGGAUCACUCGACCACGUUCAUCAUGGCUGUCACCUGAAAUUGUUAAUGAAAUUAUAAUGAAUGGUGUUUUGUUUGUUCCAAUUGGUUUUAAGGGUUCAAUCUAUGAAGAUUUGGAAUGGCGUAUAUCGUUUUCUGUGGCAGAAAAAUUUCUGAUAUUUUCUUUCAAUCAUACACAGUUGCUCUGUUACGCUUUGCUUAAAAUUGUUCUGAAAGAAAUAAUAGAAAAAGAUGAAGAUUUGAAAACUUUACUGUGUUCAUACUAUUUAAAGACAUUGAUGUUUUGGGUUUCUGAUGACGCAAAUCCGACUACUUGGAGGCCAGACAAUAUCAUACCAUGUUUCAUGGCAUGUUUACAGAGGCUUUUAUACUGUGUAGAAUAUUCAACAUUGUUACAUUAUUUCAUUUCUGACUUUAAUUUCUUUACCUUGCGUUUAAGUACAGAGUUGGAAAAAAAGACAAAGUUAAGCAAUCUACUUAAAAAUAUAUAUCAACAAGGAAUUCAAUGUUUGUCAGCAUCUGAAACACUCCAUGAUUACACUAAAUUUCCCACUGCAGUCAACAAACUACUUAAUAUCAAUACUAGAUUAGUAAAGUAUAUAUUAGAAAUCUCGCACUAUUUCCAUAUUCCAUUCGAUAAUAGAAGAUCCUGUGUAUUACUGAAAUGUCUACGUCAUCCGUGUAAAACAGUUUUGUCCAAUGACAUUUUUCUAUACUUUAUGUCUGCAGCACACCAGGUUUUACAAACAAAAUCAUACACUCAUCAUGCACAAAAUAACAAACAACAAUACAAUAGAUACCAGUAUGACCUCAGUCAUUUGCUGAUUGGUUUACAUUCAGAUGCAGUAACUGGGUGGUUAAUGGUAGCAUCUUUCUUUUAUGUCCAUGAAAAUUACUUAAUAUCAUUAGACCUUAUAGAUUAUGCUUUGUCACAUUUCACAGAUGAGAAAUGUGAUCAUUUAUUUUCAAGCAAAACUAGGAUUAUCUUUACACCAAAACAACAAGUUGCACUGGAUAUGAUGAAAAAAGAAAAGCUUUUAACUACCUUUAAAAAAAAAAUAACAAUCACUUAUCUUCAUUUUGCAUUGAAAUCACAAAUCCUACCAAAAGAACUUCAACAGGAUGAUAUGAAAGGUAAUACUUUUUUUCAUCCAUUAGCAUUUGGACAUUUCCUAAGAUUUUUGUGUUUCUUUCAUCUGCAUGACAUUAUUUCAUGUCGAGAUGCUAUGCAAGACUUAAAACUGUCGAUUAAAAAAAUACGUCCCGCCAAUGGCAGUGUUAGUAUAUAUCAUUUACGAUCCACCUUAUUUGUUGGUAUAGUAGCUCAGAUGUUGGGUGCAACAGAUUCAGCCAGAGAGUAUUUUAACUAUAUUGCCCAAAUUGACAAGGUCAAUUAUACCAGCGCUUCAACUAGACUUCGAGAACUUGGAUAA